AUGGUGCCCGUGAAAGGGCCAAAGAGGCCCCCUGAGGCCAUUUCUACCUGGGAAAAGAGCACAGGAGGGAAGCCUGGAAGCUCUCCUGCCUCCUCAAAGCACUCAGUAGCCUGCACAAAGAAUAAAAGCUUUGGCAGGAGGACUCCAGAUGCUGUUGCCUGCACUCUGAAACAGUCCAUCGAGGCUGUGCUCAUGAAACUAAGCCACGGCCACCUGAAGCUGAAUCCACACAAGACAGACACAAUUUGUGUACUUCAGGUUACCGAAGUCCUUGUUGGAAUGGUAGCAAAUGGAUUUAUUGUUCUCGUGACAUUCAUUGACUGGUUCAGAAGCAGGAAACUAUCCCCAAAUGACCAGAUCUUGUCCUGUCUUGUCUUGUCCAGACUAGCAUGGCUAGUGGUCAUAAUUCUGUAUAUAGCUAAGUUCUUCUUUUCUAUUGGCAAGCAUAAUUGCCAUUAUGGAAAUCUAAUGCUUCCCUUCUUGUGGAUAUUUACAAGCACCACAACUUUUUGGUUUGCCACUUGGCUCAGCGUUUUCUACUUGGCAAAGAUCGCCACCUUCUCCCAUCCUGUUUUCCUCCAAGUGAAGCAAAGAUUUUCAGGACUGGUGCCACGGUUGCUUCUGGCCUCAGUUGUCUUCUCUGCUGUUACGACUCUUGUUGUGGUCGCAAGCGUGAGCAAUGGCUUCUCUAAGUGUGAUUCUAACAAACCAAUUCUGAACAUCAGUGAUGCAGAAAUUAAACCCCCUGACUUAUACAUGUACAUAGACCUUCUAGCUACUGUCCCAAAUCUUAUUCCUUUCAUGAUAUUUUUGUCAUCAGUCAUGUUGUUAAUGACUUCUCUGUGGAUGCACACAAGACGUAUGCAAGGCAAUGGAAUUGGCAUCAAGGAUCUCAGCACUCAAGCUCACUUGACUGCCAUCAAAGCUCUGGCUUCCUUUGCUGUUCUAAUUGAUCAUGUUAGAAAUGCUGCUUUCAAUUUGGAUACAAUGGCAGAAGGUGAUACAGACGUGAUUAUAGACUUUCAUGGCUGGGAUUUGUGA